CAGCCCCUGGAUCGGGUGGCAGCCCUUGAGCCAAAACACUUUUGGCAACAGUGGUGUAAAUAUCAGACGCAAUUUGUUUUUAAACAGUUUUGUGUUAAAAAGAAUAAUAAAAAAAACCGCUAUUAAGCUACAAAUACCGUAUUUAAAGGACAAAUCGAGUGUUUCUAGCAUCAAUUUCAAAAGAGGGACCGCAAAAGCCUCAAAAUUGGUAAAGUGGACGGCAACACUAUGGGCAGCUCGGACGAUCGCGUCUAUGCUGCCGAGAAAAUUAUCCAGAAGCGCGUUAGAAAGGGUGUUGUGGAGUACCGUGUAAAGUGGAAGGGCUGGAACCAACGCUACAACACCUGGGAGCCUGAAGUAAACAUCUUGGAUCGACGUCUAAUCGACAUUUACGAGCAGAGCAACAAAUCGUCGGGAACGCCUUCCAAACGCGCCGCUGCACUUAAAAAGAAGGAGAAGGAACCCGAUCCAGAACCGGAACCGGAAUCAGAGGAGGAUGAGUACACAUUCACCGGCGACGAUGUGCCUGAUACCAAUCAGUCAACAACAUCCACAUCUGCUGCCGGAACAAACGAUGCUGUUGAUAAGAAGGAUAAGGACAAGAAGCAUCAUCAUCAUCAUCACCAUCACCAUCAUCAGCAGCAGCAUCAGCACAACAACAACCAAAGUAUCAAAUCUGAACGCAUUAGUAAUCGUCGCUCCGAAUCUCCACUGACGCAUCAUCAUCAUCACCAUCAUGAGUCGAAACGGCAACGCAUGGAGCACAGCUCCUCUUCAAACAGCAGCUCAAUCCAUAAUGAGAACACCUUUGUACCGGAGGCGGACACCAAUUCAUCCAGCUCCGAGGAUCAACCACUUAUGGGUACAAAGCGUAAGGCUGAGGUUCUGAAGGAGUCUGGCAAAAUAGGUGUCACCAUUAAAACCUCACCCGAUGGGCCUGCACCCAAACCCCAGCAACCGGCGCAUGAGCAACAACAAAAGUCAACGGAAUCCGCCGUUCAACCGCAAAAGACAGAGCACCAGAUCGCUUUGCCGGGAGGAGCAGAUUCUGAGACGGGUGAAUCUUGUGCAGCAGCAACAGCAGCAUUUACCGAAGAGGAGGAUGAUGAGUCGACAGCGGCUGCGGCGCCGCCAUCGGAGAGUAAUAACAUACCAAAACUGAGUGGCGCUCUGGCAUUGAGCCAGAAACAACCGUUGACGCCACUAUCGCCGCGAGCGCUGCCGCCGCGUUUCUGGUUGCCGGCCAAGUGCAACAUAUCGAAUCGUGUGGUCAUAACGGAUGUCACAGUCAAUCUGGAGACGGUCACCAUACGCGAGUGCAAAACAGAGCGGGGAUUUUUUCGUGAGCGCGACAUGAAAGGGGAUUCCUCGCCCGUCGCUUAAACCUUUCAGCGUUCGAAACCCAAUUGUAAAUAGUUAAAAAAAAAACCCAUGCUAAAUGUUGAAGAACAUUUCCUUUUAAGAACUAACUUAUUUAUUGUAUUUAUUUUUAGUCUAGAAACUAGUUGUUGUUUUAUUACAAUGUUUAAAGAGCGUACCAAAUUGUUGGCCAGCCUCAAGAGUUGAUAGUUUUUGAAUCAACUUUUGGGACUGGACAACGAUGCGGGAUGUAACGUAUAUAAUUGUAUGUAUUGUAGUUUAGCAGAGUACAUUAACACCUAUAUAUACAACAUAUUGUAUAUAUAUUUAUUUAACAUAUAUGUAUAUUUUUCUAUACAAAUUUGAAUCUGAUAAAAACCAAAACACACUCAUAUACGCAACAAAUCCAUGCGAAACUGAAGCAAUUGCUAUUACGCUUGAUAUACACAUUUACAUUAUGAUACUAACAAACACAAAAUCAUUAAUAAUUCUUAUAUACAAGUAUAUAAAUACACAUAAUCAGUUAAGAAUGUUACAAAUCAGCAGCAUCUUUUAUUUUUUCAUUGUUUUUGAUUGUAUAGAUAUAUAUUUGAUUUACCGCAGAUUUCUGCUGAUUUGAAACGUUAACUGAAAAAUAUGAUAUGAUUAUAACAUAUACACUUAAGUUAACACAACAUUUUAGAUCUUAGCUAAUUGUAAAUUGCGCAUGCAUCAUUUAUUUUUAAAAUGUUUAAUUUUUUUAAUAAGAUAUCGAGAAACGCUGUCUCUUAUGAUUUCCUAGAGGAGAUUAGGAUGUGCCGUGCAUAACUCAAAACCAAUCCCAAAUCCAGGAGGAGUUCAUAGAUUCAGCACUUAUCUACAUUUUUAACAAUUUCUUUUUAAUUGUUUUGUACAUUAUUUUAUAUGAUAAUUUUAAAUAAACAACGCACAUUGAAAAUAAAGAAUUGGCCUAAUUCUGCAAUGUUUAUCUUUUAACCAUUGUGCGUAAUAUUUAUUGGCUAGUUUAAGUUGCAACGCUCUAAUUCCAAGCAAAACAAAAGCAUAAAAAAAACCACUCGAAACGUUUUCAAGUUUGUAAUUUUACUCUUAAUUUAAUGUUAUUGCCAAUAUGAACGGUAAUUAAAUUAAAUAGAAG